AUGUGCUCGCCGCUUGUAUGCGGGGCGCCGCCGCAGUGGCAUGUAUCGCCCACCGCCCGAGAGGUCGUGGAGCGCCUCCGGCCGCAGCUGCUGCAGCUCCGCGGCGAUCGCGAGGCGCUCGAGGAGGAGCUGCGUGCCCCUCCGGCCCCUGGAGCGGCCGCCUGGGGCGGCAGGCCUGGUGCCGCCGGCGCCGCCGAUGGCUGCGGGCCCCUGGCGGAGGUGCCCGGCCGGCCCCCGGUGGCGCGCGACUGCGAGUGGUGCCCCUGGCCGCCCCGUCGGGGCGACGCCCUGGCCGAGGCGCUGAGGGCGCAAGUGGCGCAGGGCGAUGAGGAGCUGCGGCUUCUGAGGGGCGAGCUGUCGGCGGCCACAGAGGACGCGCGCGCGGCGCGGGCCGAGGAGGCGCGGCUGGAGGCGGCCGCCCAACAGGACGCGCGGGACGAGGACGCGCUGUGGGGGCGCCUGCGCCGCAGCGAGGCGCGCCGCGCCGCGCUGGAGGCCGAGGCCGCGGCGCUGGGAGCGCGGCUGUCGCCGCGUCCUGAGGCCGCCGCCGCGGCGCUUGGGGCACCCCUCUGGGACGACGGCUGCCCUCGCGCCAUCGCCGCGCGCGAACAAGGCAGCCGUGCGUCUAUGGUUGGUGCAAAG